AACUACUCCGACUCGCUGCUACAACGGCUCUCCCCACUACCAUCCGAAACAACGAGACGAGAGCAAACCUAUUAAAUGGAGCGACGUCUGCAGCAGCACCUCAUUCCAUAGCUCUCCAUUUUGUAACCGAAGCCUUCCCAUAACUCUCUCUCUCUCUCUCUCUCUCCUCCGCCUCUUCUUCCGUCCGUUUUAUGUCGUCUUUUAAUUGGAAGCGGCAGCAGCGGCAGGGAAGGAUUCAUCUCUGCUUUACCAUCUCUUCCAUCCUCCGAUCGGGAAUUAGCGUCUGCCAUUCCGUGGUCGCAGCGGCGGAGGAGAUGGCCGCAGUUGACGAUCGGGAUGGCACGGACCGUCCGGCCGACGUCGCCGACCUGAAGGACCUGACCCGCGCGCUCUCCAAAUUAAACCCCUCGGCCGAGGAGUUCGUGCCGUCCUCCCGCCGGCCCGCCGCCACGCGACUCUCCGCGGAGGCGCCGGCCUUCGUGGCCUCGAUGCGCCUAUUCGGGAUGAUGAUCGACGGCGACGAUGGGUCGUCCUGCAAUCAUCAGCCUCGCUGGAGGAAGUACAAUUACGAUCAGAGGCCGAGGAAGGUUAAUGACAGAGUUCAUGGAGCACAGAAAGAGGACUGCAUCAGGCGAACUGUCUAUGUUUCUGACAUUGAUCAUCAUGUCAGUGAAGAACAGCUUGCUGCAUUAUUUGGAAACUGCGGGAAGGUAUUGGACUGCCGUAUAUGUGGUGACCUGAACUCUUUCCUCCGAUUUGCAUUCAUAGAGUAUGCUAAUGAGCAUGGUGCAAGACAAGCACUAGAUCUUGAUGGAACUGUUCUUGGUUAUUAUCCUGUCAAAGUCAUGCCAUCAAAGACAGCUAUCUUGCCUGUGAAUCCAACAUUUCUUCCACGGUCUGAAGAUGAAAGGGAAAUGUGUGCAAGGACAAUUUAUUGCACUGAUAUUGAUAAACAGAUUCGUCAGACAGAUUUAAAAGGUUUUUUUGAGUUAUUUUGUGGUGAGGUUUCUCGUCUGAGGAUUUUAGGUGAUCAUCUGCACUCGACUCGCAUAGCAUUUGUUGAGUUUGUUGAGGUGGAGAGUGCUCUUGCAGCUCUUAAUUGCAGUGGAGUGGUUCUUGGAGCCUGUCCCAUUAGGGUUAGUCCUUCGAAGACUCCAGUAAGGAGUUCUCUCCCAACCGACAAAACGAUCAUGCGGUAACCUGCACCUCUUCUAAAUUCAAGCUUAUGCACCACCAUCUCUUAGGGGGAAUUUAUGCUCUCGGAAGACCUCAUAGUUCCUGUAUAACUACUGUCUUUAACUUCAUUUAACCAAAAAAUUUCUGGCCUCCCGGGUUGCUUCUUAGACUGGACCAUUUUAUGAGUUUGAAGCUAUCAUUUAUCUUUGUUCUAUUUAUUCAUUCCUCGUAAGACAAUGACCCUCGUUCUCAAGAAGAAAUGGCCUUUGAUCUA